AAACCCCUUUAGCUCUAGCUUUACCCACAUUAUUUGAGCAUCAGGACUUCAAAAUCCUUCAAUGGAAUUGAAUCAUUUCCCGAAGUUCCAUUAAUUUAUACCCUUCCCCAUCUUGUAUUUUUUUUUUAAUUUCAAUUUUGUAACUUGAAUUUUAAGUUAGAUUAUCUUCUUUUUUGUAAAAUCUUUAUCUGCCUGCGUUAAUUCUCGAAACCCUAGAAAGCUUACAGAGAAAACAAUGGCGACGAGAGGAAGUAGAUCAGAGAAGGUGAAGAGGAUUUUCCAGCAAUUCGACGCCAACCACGACGGAGGGCUGAACAGAGAGGAAAUGGCGGCGCUUGUGGUGGCCGUAAACCCUAGGGUUAAAUUCAGCGACGAGCAGAUCAAUGCCAUUCUCGACGAGGUUUUCCGUACCUACGGCGAGUUCAUCGACGGAGAGAAGGGCCUCACCUACGAGGGGCUCUUGAGGACCUACGACGACGGCGCCGGGGACGUCGACCGUGACUUCGACGCGCUAGGGUUGGAGCUCAAUUUCGACGAGGUCAAGGGGGUUUCCAUAGCCUCCGAGGCGUCUUCGUCGACGAUAGUGGACGAGCGAGCGAUGGAGUCGCAGAAGAAGCAGAGGACGGCGGCUUGGGCAGUGUCGCCGAACCACGGGAUCGUGUUCGACGAUACGUGGAAGAUCGUUGACGAUUUGGAGAUUCUGAUAAAGAGGUUGAAGGCAAAGCAAGCCAGGGACGGGAAAUUGAAAGCUGACAACUUUGACGCCUAUUCGGACGCCGGGUGGUCGAGGGAGUUGGGUCCGUCAUCGGAGAUUUCAGAGAAGAGGGUGUUUUGGGAAGAGUCCGGUCACGAUUACGCUGCUUUUGUGAAGGAUUUGGGGGUUUUGAGGAGCCGAUCCGACGGAGCGAGAUCAAGAGAAGAGGCUUUCGACGGGCACAUGGCGAUUGGGAGGGUUUUGUAUGAGCACCAGUUGUUCAAAGAGGCUCUGGUGAGUUUCAAGAGAGCUUGUGAACUGCAACCGAUUGAUGUGAGGCCGCAUUUCAGAGCUGGAAAUUGCUUGUAUGUUUUGGGCAAGUAUAAGGAGGCAAAAGAAGAGUUUUUGUUGGCGCUAGAAGCUGCAGAGACUGGUGGGAACCAGUGGGCGUAUUUGCUUCCUCAGAUUUAUGUCAACCUCGGGAUUGCUCUUGAAGGCGAAGGUAUGGUUUUAAGUGCUUGUGAGUAUUAUAGAGAGGCUGCGAUUCUUUGUCCAACUCAUUUUAGAGCUUUAAAGCUUUUGGGUAGUGCUCUUUUCGGGGUAGGGGAGUAUAGGGCGGCCGUGAAAGCCUUGGAAGAGGCCAUUUUUAUGAAACCUGACUAUGCCGAUGCGCAUUGCGAUUUGGCUUCGGCUUUGCACGCCAUGGGCGAGGAUGAGAGGGCAAUUGAGGUGUUUCAGAAAGCCAUUGACUUGAAACCUGGUCAUGUUGAUGCUUUGUACAAUUUGGGUGGGCUGUAUAUGGAUCUUGGCAGGUUUCAGAGAGCUUCUGAGAUGUAUACUCGGGUUUUGGCAGUGUGGCCUAACCAUUGGCGGGCACAGCUGAACAAGGCCGUGUCCUUGUUGGGAGCUGGGGAGACUGAGGAAGCUAAGAAGGCUUUGAAGGAAGCGUUGAAAAUGACCAACAGGGUUGAAUUACAUGAUGCCAUAGCUCACUUGAAGCAACUACAGAAGAAGAAAUUGAAGCCAAAUGGGGGUGCUAACGGAGAGGGGGCUUUUAUAACUGUGGAGCCCUCGAAAUUUAAGACUGUUGGUGAGAGGACGAUGUUGAGACAGGACUUAUCGCCCGCUCUUCAGAUAAGGGCUUUUCAAAGGAUCACUAGAUUGGGUCGCUGCGAUGUGGAGCUGCUGAAGAAGGAAAUGGGUGAUAAGGAUGUGCCGGUGUCCUACUCUGGUGGUGGUGUUCCUGAGAGAUCAAUACGCAAGCCUAACUUGGAAGAAGUACUUCGCAGAUUACUCAACUUUCUCAAGCCCGAGACGUUUCAGGGAGCUGUUAAGGCCAUAAACGAGAGGAUACUCUCUGUCUUGGAUGAUAAGGGCACAGGGAGGGUGGAUUUGGGCAUGUUUUAUGCUGUUUUAGCCCCUAUUUGCUCUGGCCCUCCAGAGAAGCGUAAAAGAAUUGCCUACGAUGCGCUCUUAUGGCGUCCUGUGAAUGAAGGCGGUUCUCAGAUUAAGAAAGUGGAUGCUACUGGAUAUAUCAAAAUGCUUAGGUCUAUAUAUGUCCCUUCACAAGGGGUGAGUGAGAUAUUGGAAGUCCAUGGAGAAACGGAUGAUUCAAUGGUGUCCUUUUCCGAGUUUCUUUCCAUGUUUGAUGACGCAGAUUGGGGUUUUGGUAUAAUGUCAACUUUGUUGAAGCUUGAGACUGGAGACACGAACCGCCAUGGUCAUCAUAUCUGCUCCGUUUGCCGCUACCCAAUAAUUGGUUCUCGCUUUAAGGAGAUGAAAGCUCAUUUUAGUUUGUGUAAUCAAUGCUACAGUGAGGGGAAGGUGCCUUCUUCCUACAAGCAGGAAGAGUACAGAUUCAAAGAGUAUGGAAGUGAGACCGAAGUAAUGAAAGAUAAAUGCAUGUGCUUUACUUUGCAGUCCAAUAAUGAUUGAUUCAUAGUCAGAUUUUUUUUUUUCA